CGUCGACGGCCGAUGAUGAGGUGGUUUUGUUUCGUCCGAAACUCCGACUCCGCAUCGAACUACGUGGACCGGGUGCGCAUCCGAGACUCGUCCAGCUCAUUCGGCGGACCGGGCCGAGGAUCCGGGUGGCGUCAAAAGUCCCUCUCGAAUAUAGAUCUGCCGACGAGCUACCGGGGCAUCGCCGGGGGUGUAGCCGGCACCGGCGGCCUAGUGGGUGCUGGUCAGUUUCGCUACCGCGACUAUGACUCAGGACUGUACGAUCUAUAUUCGCGCAUAGACAGUCACCGGGAGGAGUACGAUGACCUGUACGGUGUGAACCCGAAGGCGUCCCGUGCAGCCAGCAGCGUCAGCGUCAGCAGUCGACACAAGAAGCAACAGCAACAGCUAGAACAUCAGCAGCAGGCCCAAGACAAGGACCAGCAGCGCCAGUCCAAGCAUCACCACCACCAUCACCAUCGGGGAUCGGGUGGGAUUCACCACCAGGAGUUCUACAACCCGGAAAGCAACGAGGCUUGCAGCUUGCGACGGACCCGCAGCUUGGCGGUGAUCCGCGAAGAGUCCUACAACGAUCUUCAUCUGCACGGAAGGGGCGCUCGGCGUUCACAGCUCAUCCCGAGGGCAAAACUCGUCGAUCGGAACUUCUUCAAGGAAAGAUACAACUUCAUCUACGACGACUGCGAGGCAACGGAACCGCCGGACAACGAGGCGCAGUACGUCUCCAAGCGCUUCUCCGCUCAAGGACAACCGUUCCCGUGGCACACGGACAAAAGUGACCUCGACAGCAUCGAUUCGUCCAUCUUCAAGCAUUCGCUGCACCAGCAAAACAGUUACGAGGGCAGUCUGAGAAAUUCGGUGCGUAGCGGCGAUUCGACCAAAUUCGUGUCCAAGGUCGAAGUGCACAGCGAGUACUCCGGAGCGUCCAAGUCGGAAACCGGCAUCGAGGCGGACAUUAAACAUCUGGAUGACAUUUCGAUCAAGGAGGAACCACCACGUGCCCCAAGCAAGAACAGUACACUAGAAACGAUCAAGAAGCGAUUCCCGCUCGAAGGCAAGCGUCCCGUCAGGGAAGAGGAAGAAAGUGGAAUCACCAUCAUCGAGAUCAAAGACAGUCAGGUGUCGCACAAGAGCUCCAGCGUCAUCUCGUACGAUUCGAUCUACCUGUCGUCGGAAAGUGACGAGAAGGAAGUACUGGACGACCUUCUGCCCGAUGUUCGCAUAACGGAAGAAAGCGAUCUCAUCGACAUCAAGAUCGAAGACUACGACGAUCUGUUCAAGGAAACGGACCUAGAAAAAGCGGAGAGUACCAUCGAUACCCUGUACGGACAGGUGACGAAACCCAAGCCAAAGAUAGUUGCAGUUGAACCAAAGAUCCAACCAAACGAUUCCCUGAAGCGUUACAUCAAAAACACUAGUCGUGGUACCAUCGAACGCUUAUCAAUCAUCUCGAAUCUCAAGCUUCGUCAAGAGUUUGCCGACAGCAAAUCGCACCCCAAAGAGAAACCACUCCACGAUCACGACUACCAAUACAACUCGCUACCGGACGCAGCCGACGUGUGCAAGAUUCUUCGCAACUCCGAACGGAUCGACGCCAAACUUCGACGCAUCUGCGACAACGAGCAGUCCGGAAGGUCAACCCGCACCGAAAGUGAUCACUUCGAUUCGCUUCCCCGAUUAGACAAGUCCAGUCUAAACCUUACUCAACCUCCUUCCGACGAGGACGCGUCCCUAGAAGAAUCCGACAAGGGCGCCCCAUCGAUCGAGGUUGUUGAAACCCCCACCCGAGAGGUCCUCAGCCACGCUUCCUCAAAAGUAUACCUGAAGGAUUUUGGGCUAGAGUUGGACUACGAAAACUCCGUAGUCACAAACAGCGAUCAGGACAGUGACAUUACGAUCGUAGCCCCGCAGGAAACCAUCCCCCCGGAAAUUGUCGUAACUCCGGCGGAGAAAUCGACCCGCAAACACGCGCACGAAGAGCCGGUUAUCUAUUCGACGUUCGCCAGCACAGUCGGCAAGCACACGACCAAUCGGAUCAACUUUGAGAACAAAGAAAAGCCGAAACCAAAGGCGGAAGCGAUCGCAGAGGUUAAGACGAAGCUUAAACCGGUACCGGUCAUCGUUGAUGAGUCCCCAAAGAAGCCGAUUGCGCAAGCUCCCACGGUCAAACUCGGCGGUAAGAAGGUAAUCGUUGACGAGGUCGCCGCAAAGGCUGCCAAGCGAGAAAAGCAAGAACUAGAGCAAAGUGUGAAGGUCAAGACUCCCGUUGAGAACCGGGCGAACGCGGUGGUGGUGAAGAAGCCUUCAGUUAAGAAGAGUGUGGAAGCGCCUGUCAAGAAGGAAGAGACCAAGCCGGAACCGAUUCCAAUUGUCAACAGUAGACCGCCGGAUCCGAAGCCGCCCGAGCAGAAGGAAGGUAGUCCAAAGGUUGAUCAUUCGAGUUUGUUCAAGGACACUAACCCGUUUAAGGAGCAAGCUCGUCGCGAGGUCAAGAAUCGUGUGGUUGAUCGACCGCUGUUCAAAGGAGUCCGUCGCUUCAACAGCACUGAGAAUAUUUACACUUCGGCACCGAUCAUAGUGACGAAGACAUUUAACAAUUUUAUAAAAACUAAUGAGGUUAAGACCAAAUCGUUUGAUUCGCUGAUUGUGGAAAAUAAUAACGAGAAGAAAAAGGAGAAGAUGCCGAGGCCACAGGUGAUCCAGAUAGUAGAUUCGAAGCAGAACCUGCAAAAUGGGAGUAACGGAACAUCCCGGAAGAGUGGCCAGAAUGGCCAACAAAUACAGAAGGAGUUUUUGCAUAAGGUAGAUUCAGUGCGGAAUUACUGGUCGAGGAUGUUGGACGAAGCGGAAGCUAGAGAGGACGACGAAGAUCAGGUCGAUAGCGGGAGUUCUCCUAAAGAGCAGAAUGGGUUUCAGCAGUCAAAAAACGGCGAAGGAAAGCCCGAUAAGCUCGGGAGUUCUAGCUCAACGGAACAACAGCAGCAUCAGCAGCCCCAGGCACAGCCGAUCGAGUCUCAGAAAAAGUCCGCCAAGAGACAAAACUCAUCCCGGAACAAGUACUCCACCUACCAGAUCGACGAAGCAACCGAACUUCAGAGCUUUAGUCCAACGGUGGAGAUCAUUGAGCUCGACGGGCACAAACAGGCCGCACUGGUGAAGCCAAAAAACGCGCAAAAUCUGGACUUUGACCACGUCCGCUACAAGGUCAUGAAAUCUGAAAUGUUUCAAAAAAACUUGCUGGUGAACCAUCGAAAAGCGGCUCAAUUCGAUGGUUUGAUGCAGUAUCUACAAGAUUACAGCUUUCAGGAGUUGCUCGCGCACAAUAACGUUGUAAUCAUUGAGCCGGUCCGCACCAAGAUCGAGAAGAUAUCCGACAAGCCUCCGCAGAGCGUUGCGGCGACCUGUCGGAUCACCACCGGAGCGCUUCCCAACGGGGAACAGAAGGGCAACAAGAAGGGCUCCGGGUUGCGGAAACAUUUUUUCUACCAUCCCAUUCGCGUGAACAAGGAACUGCUGGACGAGGAACUGCCCAGUCCCGAUACGGUGCGAAACGUCCGGAAGCUGUUCGAGGGAACGCUACGGCUUGGAACGUCGGCAAAGCAGGCUUACGAAGACGCCAAAGCUAACGGAGGUAUCCGCAAAUGGGACUCGGCCAGCCUGUCCAGCGGAGUGUCGAGUGGUGAUUUGAGCUCGCCAUGUGAGUGUGGUGAGAAUGAAAUCGACGGUGACUUUGCGGAAGAGAACCUCAUCGGGGACGACGAGCUGGAGUCGCACUACGUGAGUCAGGACGUGCUGGAGAAGAUCCGAGAGUGUGGCUCAACGGUGACGUAUUAUGGGGGUCGCGUGGUCGAUAAGAAGGGUGAACACGUCAGUACGAUGACCAAGGCCAUCAUGAAGGAGAUCCGUGGCCAGGAGAGGAAGUCGUGCCAGGUGUGCCAGCCUAAUGGAUGUCGGGGCCAGCAGGGGGAAGUCCGUCGCCAUUCAGCGAACAUUGCGCAAAGCGACAAGCUGGACGGUUUAGGUGUCAAAUUCAAGCUGGUCAAGUCGAACAGCUGCAGCAGUCGGCUCGAGCUGGCCGGCACCGGAAAAACUCCUCCAGAUCUGAUGAAAAAUCAACACGGUAGUACCGAUACCGGCUCCGGACGACCCAAAUUGCCGAAACCAUCUUCCGACGGCAGUAGCAACUCCACCAUCCACAACGAACUCAAACUCAACCAGUCGGAACUGCCACCUUCCAUCGAAGAACCCGAAGAAUCCGUCCGCGACCUGGUCAGCCGGUUGGAGAGUCACACCCCACUAAGCGUCCGCAGCAAACCACGAAUCAUCGAAUCCAAGUGCAUCGAGAAGACGGACGAAGGCAAGGCAGAGCCGGCGGCCAUCACAAUCAACAACCAGUCGAUGGAGGUCGUGACGGCCAGCAUUCCGGAAGAACCUCCGAUGGAGGAACCCCCCAAGGCCGGUGUCACCGUGAACAACCACAUCACCGUCCCGGGACAACUGUUGAUCCCAUCCUUGCUCAAAGGACAGAAGGCACCGGAACCAGCCGCUGUAACGGACCACCGUCCUCCGAAGGUCUGUCGCAACAAGAACGUCGACCUGGCCUUCUCGGCGACCAUCACCAAGGCCUCCAACAAACCCGCCAAGGAGAAAGAGAACCUAGCGCGAAAGUCCUCCCUCGUCAGCGCCACCACCGCGGACACCGUCGAUUCGCUCGAGCACAUCCCAGCGGCGCCGGUCAAAACCGUAACCUUCAAGGACGACGAGAACAACAACCGCGGCGAAGUCGAACAGCACGAGAACCUCAAGCCCAGCGUGAUCGCCGAGCAGCGCAAAUCGGACGAACUAACGUCGCCGAAGCUGGUCAACUGGAGCUUGCUCGGGACGACCAAGUUCGACGAGCGGCAGUACUUUGCCAACGACAAGAAGCUGAUCGAGAAGCGCAAGUACGACGACAUGGAGUUUGAGGAGUUUGAGGUGCUGGAUCCGAACGGGGUGGUUCAGCAGCAGCAGCAGCAGCAGCAACAGCAAAAGGAAGGAGAGUGUUACGAUAGUUUGAACAGUGGAAAGUGAAGGUUGGCAUGGUGUUCGUGGAGGAGUUUGGAGAAGUGUAUGGUAUUUAUAUUUGUUACAAUUAUUCCAAUAGUAUUAUAUUGUACUUAUUACGUGUAGAAUGAAACAUUAUAUUACUGUUAGUA